AUCAUCAUAGUAGACGAUCGGAGUGCAUUUCUUAGUCUUGUGAGCAAGAUGGAGGCAAACAACGAUGGGAAUGGCAAUGCUGCAGCCGCCGAGGACAACAUCGCGGACGAUAACAACAAUAACAAYGACAACCAAAUCGAUUUAGGCGAUGAGGCUGGGGAAAACGAAAACGAAAACAACAAUAACAACGACGACAACAACAAYAAUAAUAACKUGAUGGUUCACGUCGAUGUCGACAUAGAAGAAGGAGAUGGUGACGGAGACGGCGACAACCGUGUCCUUGAUGGAGGUGUCGCCGUGAAUUCAGAAGACGACGCCUCGAAGGCCAAAAAACUCUCGGAGAACUGCGAUUUGGUAAGCAGCACGACUAGACACAUAAUUUGUCACGUAGUUCUCCGUAGAAUAUCUACGCAGUGAGAUUUUCAACGAUCAAGCCGUUCUUGGAAAAAUUGGCAAUCCCCUCACAAUCUAAUCUAACGUUGUUGGGUUUUCUCUCUGUUCUGUCGUCCGCCACUGAAUCAAUAUUGUACCAUAGCUGCUUUAUAUUCACUGCGAAGAACCSAUUGCUCGGGCUCCGGACCAUCCGGUGAUGCGGCCAGGUGUCACGGUAUCCAUCGGUCUAGACAAAACCACAAAACUCAGGGCCGUCUUCCAGAGAUACGUCGACUAUUGCAACAAAUUUGUCGAGGGGGACGGGGAAACCKCAGUUUAUCCGACUAUCAGCACRCGAGAUCUGGAKUUUGCCUUUUGUCAACUCUUGAACGAGAACGAUACAGCCGAAACUAGUGCACUAAUGAAGAAUGAUCGAAUAAAGGUUAGAAAUAAUAGGGCAACCGAGCGAGCAAAAGAAGCCGAGCAGAAAAGACUCUUGAGAGAUGCCGAUCGCGAAUACUUYCGUCAGAUGCGGCACUUGCUACCCGAAUCUUGUCCAGCAAGAAUUGCAGAUGUCAUAUUGGACUGUCAGGGAAAGCUCGUGGACAAAAACGGGCGCAACCAGAGACUCUUGAGCACUACCGUCCGAGCCCACUCGUCUUUUAUCGGCAAGAGGUGCCCGUGGUUGAUGGCAAUUAUUCUACAGGCACGGCAAAAAGCGAAACGGGAAGCACUCGAGCGAGAAAAUGCACAAAAAUCCGAAACGCCAGACCAUUCACAAAUGCGUGCCGCCGAAAUCGAAAACGACGAAGAGGCCGAAAACGGUGAUUGCACAAUUAAAUGUGCUGCCAAYGACGAURCCGAAAAAGAAAUUGGACAUGUCGAAGAAGGUAUCAGUGCACCCGCUCAGAUCAAUAUGGUAGAUGUUUCCUCAGACGACGGAAAGGUAAACGUGAUUAGAGUUGACGACGACGACGACGACGACGACGACGACGACGAUGCCGAUAAUGUAGUUUCAUCGUCUCGUCAUCAAUUGCAAUCACGAGCGGAGGCAAGUGUGUUGACAGUCGUUAUUAAGGACCAUUCUCCAGAAGCUGUUAAAAUUCUCCUGGAGUAUUGCUACACGAACCGAGUUGUGGCGUUGGGUCACGACGCAUUUGUCCAAGCUUGCAAAACGAGACCAACAAAGCACAAUGGACCGGUCCAUCCAAACCAUUCUAGCGCGAAACGAUGGCCAAACAAUGGUAUGCCGGUYGURCCAUUUUCCGUCGCGCUGGCUGCGAUAAAACUAGCCGAGGAGGCAGGCAUGCAUCGAUUAUCACUUAUGUGUGAAGUGAGUGCUGCGCUUCUCACAUCAUCAAGUAACGUUGUUGAGGCCCUCACGAUGUCUGCUAUGCAGAAAAGCAUUUCUGGAAAUGAUYUGCCGCGUCUUCGACGGGCCGCGAUGGUGGUGAUUCUGAGACGUGGCCCGAGAGGCGUUUCUGAAAUCGGKCGAUCAAGCUUUUUCAGGAAGGCMUUGGAAGAAGAGAGAUCGAUGAUUGUCCCCACUCUGUUGCAAAGCACACAGGAGAUUUUGACCCACUGGGAAAAGACMAAAGGCGUCAARCGUGUGAGCUCCGAACUGCRCAAUCUAGAUUUCCUUGAUUUGGACAGGAAGGACAUAUAUAAUAGAGCGCUCGAGCGCGACAAGAGACGCCGAGAAAGAAGAGACCAGCAUGAUGAAGAUUGCAUAAAYGAAUACAGUGCCGACGAGUAUGCUUAUGGAGAACAUAUGGCAUCCAAACGAGCUCUCGACAUGAUGUUGAAUCAUGAUAUGGAUGUCAUAAGACGCGACCUUGGUCAGAGAGUAAUGCAGCGUAUGAGAACAAGCGGCAGUCGGAAACGAUGCAGAAGAAGCAGCAACAGGUCGGGAGUUAUUUUUGGCAACCGGGAAACAUAGAUUGGAAGGCAACGAGGUUUUCGCUUUUUUGCUAUUGUUUGCCCUUCCUUCGAUUCCAAAUAGCAACAAUUAUUAUAAUAUACGCCCACCCAUUGAAGCUACGUGUAUAUUAAGAAAAAAAACUUUAGCCU